AUGCCUUGGCUGACCCGGAAUGCAGACAAGCUGGAAGAGGAGGUCGUUGUCCUGAAAUCUGAGCAGCAACGGGGGUAUAUCGAUAUUAUUCGGGCAGUGCCGACGGCACCAUCGGAUCAUGACGGCGUGUUUGAUAAUGCGUCGCCUGCAACAUCCUCACAUUCUAGUAGUCGGACUAAUGCAGUAUCUGAUCGAGGUUCAAUAUCUCAGCAAACACUGAGCGACCUCUGUAACACGUGGUUUGAGCGCUAUCAUUCCUGGUUUCCUAUUCUUCACAAACUUUCAUUACUUGAGGAGGUUGAGAACAAUGCCGCCCCCUUGGUUGAUUCGCCUCUAAGUAUCGUUCUCAAAGCCAUCGUAGCUGUCACACUGCCUCACUGGUGCCUAUCAAACCCACCGAAUCGAGAGCAACGCCUGGAGCUCUCUACACAGUUUCGAAAUGAAGUUAUUAUGCAAGCUAUUGGCAGUUUAUCGCUCCAAUCGUUACAAGCCAUCCUGAUAAUAACCAACAUCGACUAUGGUGCCGGGAAGCUUUCCGAGUUCUUCAACCUUCUUGCACUAUGUAAAAGGAUGGGCAUUCAGCUCGGGUUACGAGAUCUGGUAAUCAGCAGUUAUGAUAACUUUAGCAAACCGUCAAUGCUACCACCGCGUAUGCUUUCAUUACCAGCAACAUUAAUAGAGCAAGAAGAGAGAGUUCGAGCAUAUUGGAUGACCGAAGUCUUAGAUAGCAUGUCUUCUCUCGGCGCAGGCUGGAAUCUCGGUUUGUCACAGCCGGUAGAUAAAGCAUGGUUUCCAUGCAACGAAACAAUAUGGGCUUUCCCCGAGGACGCGAAAGCGUUUUCCUCUUUUGGCGACUCUGAGGUCUCGUCAGCAUUCUCGUUAUAUCUGUCACUAGUUACGCGCCAGCUUUAUCAAGUCCACCUGUUCCUCCAACAAUCCUUCGAUACGACGUCGGCGGUUGAUAGAGUUCGGUGGCAAGAGCAGUGCACAUCUGUUGACGAGUCCCUGAGGCAAUGGCGUAGCUCUGCUACCACUAUGCAUAGUUUGAGCCAGGCCAACAAUUCUUCUGAUUCGACUUUGGUGAUGAUCACUGUUACUUUUGAUGCGGCUAUAGUUUCGCUAUACCAACGGUUAGCGUUACCACCGAUGGGUCUUGGUGAAGUCCAUGGGCCGUGGUACCAUGCCAUACAGCGCUGCCUGAGCGCGUGCGAUGAUAUGAGCACGGUAGUGAGAGGUAGUAGUGACGCCGAUCUCGAAAAUAUUAGUCCCUACAUGAUAUUCUGCAUAUUCGUAGCGGCCCGAUUUUAUCUCGUCCACGCGAAGAUCCUAUCCGUCGAAGUCCCUCGAAACCUAGACUUGCUCAUCUACGGCUUAAAGACUUGUGGUCAAAGGUGGUACUUCGCACGACGUCUGGAGAAGGUCUUGUGCACUGCUGUAGCGGAGAAGAAGGUGCCGCUAGCACUGUCAUCCUUGCCGUCGCAAUUCUACGAUUUGCAAUAUUCUUCGCUGGAUAUUGACGAAGCUCUUCGAGUAUGGGCCGAUCGCCUGGAUCAAGAUUAUCGUACCAUCUCAUUUGACCCUAUUAGGGGCUCCCCACGGUCUAUAGAGGGGCCACAGGAUGCUAGAAGUUGCUAA